ACAGGGACAGAGAGAGUGAGAGCACAUAUAUACCAUUUCUUCCUUGCCUUUGUAUAAGAAUCCAUCUACUUUGAAUCGAUUAAGUUUCCAUCGCACCGAUCAUCAUUUGCUGACAAUCCUUUCAAUUACUCGAGUUAUUUAUCGCGGCAGAAGCAGGAAGAAAUACUAUGGCGAUAAGUUCACAUGUCCAUGUCCACACUUCCCUUCCUCUGGCUCCUCCACAUUCACAAUUCAGGGAAUUUGUUACUUUGGUCCCCGCUAGAAAAGCUUCCAGAUCAGCUGCCACUGUAACUAGAGCCUCGUUGACUUUUGGAGAUGGCUACAUUCGCCAACAACUUCGACAGCCCAAGCUAACUUCCACAAAGAGUAGUAACGGUUUCUUCUCCGCCACUAACAAUGACCUCGAUUCAUACAAUCACCAUGAUCUCGAUCUUCCUACUCAUGGGUUCAAUUCCAUCGAGGAGGCCGUGGAAGACAUCCGCCAGGGCAAGAUGGUAAUUGUGGUGGAUGAUGAAGGGAGGGAGAACGAAGGAGACCUAAUAAUGGCGGCAUCAAAGGCCACCCCUGAAGCUCUGGCUUUCAUCGUCAAGCACGGCACUGGGAUCGUCUGCGUCAGCAUGAAGGAAGACGAUUUGGAGAGGCUGGAAUUGCCAUUGAUGGUACCACCAAAGCUCAACAAGGAAAUCCUCUGCACCUCAUUCACCAUCACAGUGGAUGCCAAACAUGGAACGACAACGGGUGUAUCAGCUGAAGACAGGGCAACCACGAUCCUGGCACUUGCCUCGGAGAAGUCGACGCCUGAAGACUUCAAUCGGCCAGGUCACAUCUUCCCUCUCAGGUAUACGAAGAGAGGGGUGCUAGCUAGACCAGGCCACACGGAGGCUUCUGCUGAUCUGGCAAUCCUAGCUGGACUCGAACCUGUGGCGGUGCUGAGUGAGAUUGUGGAUGAUGAUGGCUCCAUGGCUAGAUUGCCGAGGUUGAAAGAGUUUGCCAAAGAACAUGACUUGAAGAUUGUUUCCAUCAUUGAUAUGAUCAGAUAUUUGAAGAAAAGAGAAGUAACUGUGAAGCUGAGUGCGGCUGCAAGGAUGCCCACCACAAUGGGGAACUUCAAAAUACAUUGCUACGAGUCACUAUUGGAUGGGGUUGAGCACAUUGCUAUGGUGAAAGGUGAAAUUGGAGACGGAAAAAGUGUGCUAGUAAGGAUACAGCCCGAGUGCCUUGCUGGCGACAUAUUUGGGUCUGCAAUAUGCGGGUGUGGAAGUCAUCUUGAGCAUGCCAUGAGGCAAAUUGAGGAAGCCGAGCAAGGAGUAUUGGUGUACCUCCGCGGCGACAAAGGGAAAGAGAAUAGCUUGGGGUUCAAGUUUCCUGCUAACUAUGAUAUCCAAAAACACGGAGGAGACAACAUCGGCUAUAACGAGUACGCCGUCGUGGCACAGAUACUCAAGGAUUUGGGGGUUAACACAAUCAAGCUGAUAUCAAACAAUGCUGCAAAUGACCAUAAGGGGCUUGAAGAGUAUGGCUUCUCCAUUGCUGAAACGGUGCCGUUGGUGACUCCAAUGGACAAGUACAACGAGAGUUACAUGGAAGCAAAACUGAAAAAGCUGGGACUCACUGUAGUUUGAUGAGUUCCGUAUACGGCCAGCCCCCACCAAUAAAAUGAAGGAGUUCCUACUAUUACGUUGCUGUUUUGGUCUACUCUUAGUGGGCCAUUUUUCGAGUUUGUUUUGUCAAAUAAGUUAUCUUCUCACUGGGGAGUUGAUCCAUUCCUUACAAAUACAAAGGCCCAAUGUAUAUGGGCCUAGAAGAUUGGACUUUCAAGCCCAUCGGAUUAUCUGAAAGAAAUGUCAUCAGAGUUUUGGGCUCUUUUUUUCCACGUGUUUUCUUUUCCGUUUGUUUGGCUGGUCAACUGAAGUACAACUUGGAGUUUGAUAUGCAGCGUGAUAAGGUCAGGCCCUCCCUUUUUGAAGGUCGUUACCUGGAAGCGGCUGGCCAUGGGAGACCUAGCUACUAGAGGAUUUGCAGAAAGAGCUUUUCACGUUUAUAUGAAUGCCUUUUCCACAGACUGUUAGAUUGAUUAAUGCAGCAUGACGUGACAAAUUAGAGGCAAAGCUUAAGCCAUCAUCAUCAUCAUCCUAAUCUUUGGUCAAUGAACAUGCAUCUUAACCGCAACAAGUUACUAUUAAGGUCAAAAAUGGUUUUUGGCAGCGGAUUUCCGGUUCGUCUGAAACCUAACGUUACUCUUUUAGAUGAAUCAUAUUCACAAUGGAGCCAACGUCCAAAGUUUAAGCUUUUCUAGAUUCAAAGGAUUUCCGGUUUGGGUUUUUCUUUGACAUUUUCCCAAAGUUCUAAGCGUCUAGAUUCAAGGAUAUAUUGAUACAAAAUCUCAAACCCUAUUCGAUUUUGUGUGUCCCACCUUUGGUCUUAUCAUGUCUAGUAGUAAUUAGUUCUUAGGUUUGUGAAUCCAAAUUCGUUUCAAAUUGCUAUCCAUUCUUUUCAUAGCUUUCAAAUGUACAAACUAUGGCAACGAUGCUGUCCGUUGGUGUACAUAAUGAAAGAAAACAGUAUUCGUAUGUCAUGCAAGGAUCGAGGCAAUCGACAAUAACAAGAAAGGUAACGAUCAGUAAGAAAGUAAAGAACACUGCGAUUUAUGUGGUUCACUAACACAACGUGUGUUAGCUAAUCCACUGGCAAGGGAGAGCCAGUUUCACUACAUCUGAAGAGAUUACAUAUUACAAAGUAGUAUGAUAAAUAUGUAUAGUACUUAUCCAAUAUAAUCUAACCCUAAUCCAUGAUUAUGCUUUAGAUCGAUCAUAUUGGCCAUUUGCGGUCAUCUCUUUUUCUAUCAAUCGUUCGGCUUGUGCUCUUUUGAAUGUAUUUAUUCUACCAUUAGAAUCGAAUAAAUCAAAUUAUGAGUAUAUUGUUAAGCACACAGCCGCGUAUGUAUGUCCACCCUGUCAUCUCAAUGCGAAAUGACUAAACAGUUAAUUGAAGGCCAUAUGCACCACCAUGAUAUCAACUGUUUAGAGGGGGAUGCAAUCUGAGGAUGAAUCUGUGGGCAGCGUGAAAACAGUACUAGUACUGUAGCCGCAUGCAUGCAUAUGCAUUUCGUCGGUUUCCUGGAUCGCAAACUCGAGAGAAGAGAAAAGGGAAACAAGAGCAGCUAGCUAGGUCGAAUUAUCAUCAUCACAACCCCAGGAAACGUGCAGAAAGAGAGGGAAAUCUUCCCCAGUUCAUAAAAGUGGUCUAACCCUACCUUUAAUACCCUUUCUUGAAAAAAAAAAAGAAAAAAAAAAGAUGAUCCUUCAUUAGCAGUAAUCACCUGUUAAGCAAAAGUUCAUGAUGGAUAAUAAUAAUGUUGCACUAGC